AUGGGUUGCCGCAAUUGUAAACAUUUAGUUGAUGAUAACGUCGUAGUUAACAAUAGUGCGAAUAAUGAUAUUAACACAAUCAGCGACAGAUUUGCCAUCCCUGAUGAAGAUGAAGAAACAACGUUUUCACAAAUGAUACAUUAUGUACACAGGUUUUUAUGGCAAGGAAAUUAUUCUUCGCCGAUCGUUGAGCGAUUGAACGCUGGGAAUGCGAGAAUAUUGAAUGUAGGAUGCGGACCAGGUCCAGGAUGUUGGUUGUUAAAUAUGGCAAGAGAAUAUCGUUGGGACAAUUUUUUCGGUGUAGACGUUAACCCAUCAGUUUUUCCUACAAAUGUUUCGGAUUUAAAUGCCAUAUUCUUAAAGUUGGAUACAUUAGAGAGGCUCCCAUUUGCCGCAGAAACAUUUGAUUUUGUGUUUCUUCGGUUCGUAUCGUUCACGGAAGAACAAUGGCAGACAAAGGUUGUAAACGAACUCGUUCGUGUGUGUAAACGUGGCGGGUGGAUAGAAAUAAUGGAUUGUGAAAACGAAUUCUACAACAGAGGUGUAACCACGAACCGAUUGAUAACCGCAUGUUCACAAUUCGUCAGAUUGUUACGUGAGACAGAUCAAAUUGACAGCAUUAAAAGGGAGGAGAAGGAAUGCUUUUUGGGAAAUGAAGGAGGACGAGCCGGACAAUAUUUACUUCGAGAUUUUGAAUUAAAUUUGCAAAGUCCAAGAGUUAUAAUGUCAGAAACUAUGGGCUGUACGAACGAGGAAUAUGAAGAUUUAAUUCAGGAGUUUCAUAAUGAAGUCAAAAGAUUGAAUACUUCCAUAAAGUAUGUAAGGGUGUAUGGGCAAAAGAAUUAG